AGUAGUACUAGCAUAUAGGCUGCUGGGUGGGUAGCCCCCGCCCGCGUAGGCGUAGCCAUACGAUUCCUCCUGCGUCAUCUCAUCUAGCCGGCGAUCUCGUGGAGCUCGCGUCCACGUUUUAACGGCUCCACUCCUAAUCUAAUCCUAACACAGUGGCUGAGCUCAGCUCACACUUGGCCGGCCUCGUUCUGCUGCAGUGCAGGUGCAGCUCGUCCCUUUCCCCCCCAAUCUUCUUCUCCAAUCCCGUUCUUCUGGGCUCUCUGUCGGACAGGUGACAGGAUCCCCAUGGGCAUGGGCGCCGAGGCGAGGAGGAAGCCCGCCGCCGCCGCGGCUCUGCUGCCAAUCUGGCUCAUCUGCCUCGUCUGCGCCUCGACAGCGGAGCCGUACAUCGGCGUCAACUACGGCGAGGUGGCGGACAACCUGCCGUCGCCGGACGAGACGGCGAAGCUGCUCAAGUCGACGUCCAUCUCCAAGGUGCGUCUCUACGGCGUGGACGCGGGGCUGAUCCGUGCGCUGGCGGGGUCCGGCAUCUCGGUCGUCGUCGGCGUGGCGAACGGCGACAUCCCCUCGCUGGCCGCCGACCCGGCGGCGGCGUCGCGGUGGCUGGCGGCCAACGUGCUGCCGUUCGUCCCGGCCACCACCAUCUCGGCCGUGGCCGUCGGCAACGAGGUGCUGGAGUCCGGCGACGCCACGCUGGCCGCGGCGCUGCUCCCGGCCAUGCAGAACCUCCGCGCCGCGGCCCUGGCCGCCGGGGACGGCGCGGCGGGGAUCCGGUUCUCCACCGUCAACACCAUGGGCGUGAUGGCGCAGUCGGACCCGCCCUCCACGGGCGCGUUCCACCCGGACGUGGCGCCGCAGCUGCAGCAGAUCCUGGCGUUCCUCAGCCGGACCGGCGCGCCCUUCAUGAUCAACCCGUACCCGUGGUUCGCGUACCAGUCGGACCCGCGCCCGGAGACGCUGGCGUUCUGCCUGUUCCAGCCCAACGCCGGCCGCGUCGACGGCGGGUCCAAGAUCAGGUACACCAACAUGUUCGACGCGCAGCUGGACGCCGUCAAGUCGGCGCUGGUGCGCGCCGGGUACGGGAGCGUGGACAUCGUGGUGGCCGAGACGGGUUGGCCGACGAAAGGCGACGCCGGGGAGCCCGGCGCCACGGCGGAGAACGCCAGGGCGUACGUGUCCAACCUGGUGGCGCACCUUCGGUCCGGCGCCGGCACGCCGCUGAUGCCGGGGAAGUCGGUGGAGACGUACCUGUUCGCGCUCUACGACGAGGACCUCAAGCCUGGCCCGACGUCGGAGCGCUCGUUCGGGCUGUACCACACGGACCUCACCAUGGCGUACGACGCCGGGCUCACCUCCUCCUCCAGCGCCGGGGCGGCGGGGGGAGGAGGAGGAGGAGGAGGAAGCGCGGCGGCGCAGCCCAAGCAGGGCGGCGGGUGGUGCGUGGCGCGGGACGGCGCCUCGGACGCGGACCUGCAGGCGGACCUGGACUACGCGUGCUCGCAGCUGGGCGUCGACUGCGGCGCCAUCCAGCCAGGCGGCGCGUGCUUCGAGCCCAACACGGUGCGCGCGCACGCCGCGUACGCCAUGAACCAGCUGUACCAGGCGGCCGGCCGGCACCCGUGGAACUGCGACUUCCGGGCGUCCGCCACGCUCACCUCCGAGAACCCAAGCUACGGCGCCUGUGUGUACACCGGUGGCGCCCAAUAAUACACCGCGCACGGCGGUGCUAAUCCCGUGGCACAUGAUUAAUUUUGCGAGUACCUUGCAUGAUGGAUUGCCGAGUGAAAAAGGUUGGGCCUAUACAGGCUACAGCAAGGGCUCUCUGUGGACGAACCGAAUAAAGCUACACGAAUAAUUGUGGUUGUUGCCGUGGUGUACUGUAGUGCAUGGAUGCGAAUGCGAUCCAUGGAAUGGAAGAGCGAAGCAUCCUCAUGUUUCGUAGCACCAGAAGUUUCCUUGGACAGGCUGGGCAGUGAAUCUGUGAUUGUGACUUCGUGUAAAAAAAAACUGUUAGAAGUUGCCAGUGUCGCCGUGAGCUUCGUGUACGUAGUACGUACGUGUCUAAAUGUACGAGUAGCAUGAGAUUAUAUGUAUCUGUAUUUUUUUUAAAAAAAUAAUAAUCUUCAUUCAGCUUUCAGCA